AUGUAUCACGUGAGACGAUUAUUAAGGUCGCAAACAAUGUUGUCGGUCGUUCUACUUAUUAUAAUUAAUACACGUUCGCGACACGAUAAGACCGCAUUACCUCAAAAUGGUAAUAAUUCUAUAUCGGCAACAACUACUACUACUACUACUCCUAUUCCUCCUCCUGGACAAUUAUUGGAACCUAGAAUGGCUCAAUUAGAAACACUCGAAGCUAAGAUGGCGAGUAUAGAAGUAUCUCUUUCAACCGCUCAACGACGAAAAAAUUUAAAAAAAAAUGGAAACGGAGUAACAAAUAAUGGAAAUAAGCAAAAUUUAUUCGCUGAUAAUUCUCAAAAUAUUUUUGCGUCUAUUCGUUCGAAUACGUUAAUUGACACUUGUAGAGAAUUGGAAAUACUAAAAAAUGCAUUAAAGGAUAAGGAGAACACUAUACAAAAUUUGCAAGGUCAGAUAAAUUUUUGUGGAAGAUUGGCAUCCAUUCAACCGCUUGAUUCAUCCGAAAGGCGAAUUGCAGAAUUAAGAUUACAAACUUUAAAACAGGAAGAAGAAACUAGAAAAGCUUCCAUAAAAAAAAUUAACUUAAUGUUGGAACACAUGGACGCAGACGAGGGAAACAUUGAUAAUAGAAUUAAACAAGCAGAAUUAGAAUUUGAACUUGGAAGAGAAGAAUUAACACUGUUAGGCGUCAGAGAAGAAAUCAGGUCUCUGAUGGUUCGUCUGGACACAAAAACAGCAACCACUCUUUAUUCAUCAAUUAAUUCUUCAGGAAGGUAUACCUUGCAUUGUAUCCAACUUGAUUACGAUCCGAAGAGUCCACGUUUUGGAGCUGGAAAUAUAGAAGAUAAAGUUGGAUUAUUUAUUUUAUGGGGAGCUGAGAAUUCUGGAUUACAUAAAGGAGAUCGAAUUUUAGAAAUAAAUGGUAAAAUUACCUUGUCAACAAGCAAAGAUGAAAUGAAUCGAUUAUUAACAGUGUGCCCUAACAAAGCAGAAAUGGUAGUUUUAAGAAUUUGGACUCCUCCUUCAACCGAAGACUAUUUGAGAAGAGAAAAUUUACGACUCACUCAUAGAAUAUCAUAUUUAGAAGAUCAAGUAUCAGAACUUAUACAAAAUAGGGAAAAACUUAUAUCAUUGAAAAUAUCCAAAAGUGAGGAAAAACAAGCGGAAGUUUUUCAAAAAGGCUCACACAUAGCUCUUUUGUCUUCCGAAUUGUCCGUCAAUUCUCCAAAAUCAAAUUCUUUUGAAUGUUCAAAUCAUUCAAUCAAAGUUUCUGGAGAAGGAGGAGUUAAUGUAAAAUCAAAUAAACAAGUUCCUUUAAUUAUUGAAAAAUGUAACAGUUCAAGUAUUCGUCACACUUCUAGAAAUUCUGGCUUUAAAAAUCAUGAGAGUGAAAAUUUUCAGCAGUGUACUCUAAAUGGAAAAGAAAACAUUAAAGCCCUUGCAAAAAGAUAUGAAAAAGAAGAAUUAUCAUCUUUUUUUUCUAAAAGCAAAUGGGUUAAAACUAAAGAUAAUAGUGAUAAUUCUCCGGUAAAGCCAACGAAUAAUGUAUCUGAAUUAAAAAGUGUUUCUUCAAAUUAUGAAAAUUCCUGUUCGUUAUCAGAUUUAGAAUGGCCAAAACGAAAGCCGGCACAUCAUCAUAGUAGGAUGCUUGAUUACAGUUCUGAAACGGGUUGUCUUAAAUAUAAAUCAUUUAGAGAUAAAAAAAUAGAAACUGAUGAAGAAUCAAGUUAUCUUAAAAUAUCCGAACCAGAAAAUGGUAGGAUAAAGCCUACGCCACCUAAAAAACCUAUCAGAUUGUCAAUAAAUAGAGCAACAAGUUUACAAAAUUUUGAAAAAGGUUAUUCGGUGCAAAAUGUUGUGCGUAAAAUUAGGAGAUCUCAUAAAGGGGAGGCUCCACCACCCCCCAUUCCACAUGAAGAUAAAGUUCAAAAUCAUAACACCAAUGAAGAUGUAGUUCGAACAAAACUUAUAAAUGGAUGUAAUGUAAAAGAAGAUACUUCUAGAACUUACUAUGAAAGUAAUCAACCAAAUUUUUUUCCCACUUCAAAUUACCCUAGUAGUAAAAACAAAAUGGAAGAAAAAUGGUAA